AUGGCCCAGAAGCACCCCGGAGAAAGACAGUUGUGUGGAGCCCACCACAGUAGUGGUGCCUCCCUCGGGACUUUAGGACCCUCUCUGGACCCUGAAAUACUUUCAUUCUCAGGACUCAGGGACUCAGGGAGGCCUGCUCCUAAUGGUACCCGCUGCCUCACAAAGCAUUCUAGUCCUAAGUACACACAGCCUCCAAACCCAGCCCACUGGUGGGAUCCAAGCCAUGGCCCCCCAAGGGGUCCAGGACCCCCUAGAAAUGGAGAGGACCCUAAUCAGAGUGAGGCAUCUUCAGAAGAAGAGUCAGGAGUGGACCAGGAACGCUCAAGAGAGGAUGAGGCUGGGCACCAGGAGGAUGAAAACCCUUCUUUUAUUUCCAUUCCAUCUGCUUGCAACUGCCAGGGAACCCCUGGAAUCCCUGAAGAGCCUUACACUGGGGGAGGAGACAACUCUUCUAGCAACUUUUGCCACCAUUGUAUGUCUCCAGCUUUAGGAGAACACGAAGAGUUGGGAGAGGAAUAUGAGGAGGAGGAACCCAAGUUCCCCAGUGAUUCUUCACGUGUGCCCAGUGGAAAGAAACCUCCACCCCGGAGACAGCGGCACCGUGUUUCAGCCAAGGAUGAUACUUGGGAGGGUGGACGCAGGGAUCCCAGGCCCCCUGGUCGACAUCGGCUGGGCAGGAAACGAAGUCAAGCAGAGAAGCGCAGAGGCUUGGGAUUAUGGGGAGCGGAAGAACUGUGUCAGCUUGGACAAGCAGGUUUCUGGUGGCUGAUCGAACUGUUGGUAUUGGUGGGAGAGUAUGUGGAAACUUGUGGCCAUCUAAUCUAUGCAUGCAGGCAGCUGAAAGGCAGUGAUUUGGACCUUUUUCGAGUCUGGGCAGGAGUCUGGGCAGGGCGACUGGGUGCCUGGGCCCAGGUAAUAUUCCAAUUUCUGAACCAGGGGUUUUGCUAUGGGGCAGGGCUGAUCACCCGUUUUCUUAGGCUACUGGGUGCUUUGCUGCUUCAGGCUCUGCCCCUCUUGUUGGGCUGUCUGCAGUUGGGCUGGCAGUUUCUUGUGAGACUGGGUGACCGGUUGGGCUGGAGAGCUAAAGCCACCUGGCUCUUCUCUUGGCUGGAUUCUCCCACCUUACAGCGUUGUCUGAUUGUGCUGCGAGAUAGCAGGCCGUGGCAGCAAAUGGUAAGGAUGGUUCAGUGGGGUUGGCUGGAGUUGCCUUGGGUCAAACAGAGGACUAACAGACAAGAGAAUGCACCUGGAGCUGGUGGUCGCUAUUACCACCCUGAAGAGGAAGUGACUCGACUCUUGACCAUGGCUGGGAUUCCUGAAGAUGAGCUAAAUCCUUUCCACGUGUUGGGGGUUGAAGCCACAGCAUCAGAUGUUGAAAUGAAGAAGGCCUAUAGGCAGUUGGCAGUAACGGUUCAUCCUGACAAAAACCAUCAUCCCCGGGCUGAGGAGGCCUUCAAGGUUCUGCGGGCAGCUUGGGACAUCGUCAGCAAUCCUGAGAGGCGGAAGGAAUAUGAGAUGAAACGAAUGGCAGAGAAUGAGCUGAGCCGGUCAGUGAAUGAGUUUCUGUCCAAGCUGCAGGAUGACCUCAAAGAGGCAAUGAAUACGAUGAUGUGCAGUCGAUGCCAGGGAAAGCACAGGAGGUUUGAAAUGGACCGGGAACCUAAGAGUGCCAGAUAUUGUGCUGAGUGUAACAGGCUGCAUCCUGCUGAAGAAGGAGACUUUUGGGCAGAGUCAAGUAUGUGGGGCCUCAAGAUCACCUACUUUGCACUGAUGGAUGGAAAGGUGUAUGACAUCACAGAGUGGGCUGGAUGUCAGCGAGUAGGAAUCUCCCCAGAUACACAUAAAGUCCCCUAUCACAUCUCAUUUGGUUCUCGGAUGCCAGGCACCAGUGGGCGACAGAGAGCCACUCCAGAUGCCCCUCCUGCUGACCUUCAGGAUUUCUUGAACCGGAUCUUUCAAGUCCCCCCGGGACAGAUGUCCAAUGGGAACUUCUUUGCAGCUCACCCUGGCCCUGGGGCCACCACAGCUUCCAAGCCCAACAGCACAGUACCCAAGGGAGAAGCCAAACCGAAGAGGCGGAAGAAAGUGAGGAGGCCCUUCCAACGUUGA